AAAUAACAUCAAUUGUAAGCAACAAAUCACAGACAUGAAAUUCUUUGUUUUGUUUUUAACUGUGUCCGCUGUCACAGGUUCGCCUUUAACUGAAGAAAUUUCUCAAUAUCGCUUUAAAAGAAAGAUUACUGUUGACCUAACUGAGUUUCCGUACCAUGUUCAACUGGUGUACAAAUAUAAUGUUCCCCUAAUUACGAGAUGUGGUGGGGUUAUAAUUUCCGAAAGCUAUGUACUGACCACUGCCAACUGCGUUAGUAUGUCACCUAUAGCAAUAAUUACUGGUAUUCAGCAAAUGAAUGAAAUUUCGCCUUUUAGACAAAUGGGAAAAGUAAAAAAGGUGAAGAUUCACCCCUCAUACAGUAGUGUUACCGGAACUUACAACAUUGCAUUAAUAAUGCUCGAAUUUCCCUUGACAUUCAAUUCAGCUGUAAAUAAAGUUGAACUACCGCCAACUUCGUAUAAACUAAAGGACAUUGCGCAACAAAUAGCAUGGGGACGGCGAUUAUUAUUUUCUCUUAAAUACACAUUAGAAGUUACGGGAAAACAACUAACCAGUAAGUGCAGAUCAGCUAUUUCAGACACACUAAACCAAAACAACUCAACUAAUUAACGAAAGGACUAAGACAUUCACAGACGGCAUUAUUUGAAGCGGUUUUGAUAUUUGGUCUUGAUGGUUUAGAAUUUGCUUUUCCUUCUUCGGUGAGUAUGUAGAUGGGCUUCAUCUAAGUUUCGGAUAGACAGAUGGUUUAUUCUACUUAUCGCCAGUUGCUGUGGUUGUUUGGAAUUUUCUGGGAAUGUGGUAAUAGCUGAAUUCCUUCGUUUAGGUUGUGCUAAUACAGCCAUACUGUCAGGGGAAGGCAGCUGGGUAAACGCCCAAAGCGGCAGAAACGGGGAGCGGCAAAAUUUAGAGCAUGGAGAGAAAACUCAUAAAAAUUAGAGUGCUCAGCAACCCGACGAAAUCAUUUUCUCUAACUUUUCCUUUUUUAAAAAUUGCUAUUUUAGCUAGAGAGUAUAAAUUCGUAGAUGGACCAACAGAUUUUAAAAUGCUGUCUUCUAAUUCCCUUAAUGCUGUCACCUAGCAAGCAGCUAAGCAUUAAGAAAAAUACGAAAGAAGUAACCAACUCUUUUGAGCAGACGAAAUGUGAUGAUCGUUCAGGAUUUUUGAGUUGAGAAUACAAGGAAAUUAUCUCGAUUCUUUUACCGAUUUUAAAUUUCUUAAUUAGCAAACCUUUUCGUUUCGAUUAUGUAUCACAAACAUUUUUCACCUACUUUGAGAAAAGUAAUUGUUUUCGAUGGUUGGUAUGUAUGUAAUAUAAUAUUUUUUGAAGGAUAUCCUUUUAUCCUACAACAAGACGUUCCAGGGGAUUCCCCAAGGUGAUUCGCUUAUCUGUAUAAACAAAAAUUCGGAUUUUAUUUUCUCAUUAGUUUAACAUAGUUUUCUGGAGACUCCUGGUAAUAAUGGUCUGUACUGGAGACCCAUUUCUGUCACAUUUCGGUGUUAAGGUAUAAGUACUCGUUUAUAAGCCCCAGUAGACUAAUAUGUCAAUAUUAUACAAUUUCAAUAAUAUUGCAUAGAUACACACAUAGUAAUAACAGGCCCAUGACAUAUAAAACAUCAUUGUACAGUCUAUUUCAAUUUGUUAGAAUUGUGACCUUGACGAAAUCUGCGCGAAAAUAGAA